GCUGUUGGCAGGAGCGUGCAGGAAUGUGUGUGUCUCAUUGUGAGUGAAAUGACUUCAGGACAUCUCUGCAGGCGUGUCCUCAGUCAGUGCUAUGUCAGUAAACAUGUUAUGAGUGUGUGUUCUGUUCCUGGAACUCAAAGCUCUUGAAUGGCUCCAGAGCGAAGAAGGACGCUGUCUGCUGGCUAACCCGUUGAGGACAUAUGUUACCCGGGUCGCCAUGGCCUCUGUAACUGUCACCUCGGCGGCUCAGAGCCCCGGGAAGAACUGCAAGUCCUUCUCGCUGCUCUUCUACCGGGCUGUGCGGGACCUGAAGCCGGUGUGGAUGCUGGAAGAAAUACGGACGAUGCAGACCUUUUACCAGGAGGACGCCAGCCAGAGGACUUAUACCACUUCGGAGGCGUUGCUAUACGCUAUAGUUCACGACCACCAGGCGUACGCCAAAUACCUGCUCAGCCGGUACACUGACCAAGCGCUAGCUAAGCCCGGGGAGCGCUUCUGCUGCUGUCCGUCCUCUGCCCCGCACCUGGCCAUGGCUGUCCGCUACGACAGGCGCUACAUUCUCGGCCUCAUCUUACAGGAGACACACCGGAUACCCAGCGCUACAGCCUACACAGACAGAGACGGGUGUUUUCACAUGGAGGACGGUAGGACCCCUUUACAUCUGGCCUGCGAGCUCCUGCGGCCGGAGGCGGUCAUCAUGCUGCUGGGGAACGGAGCGGCCCCUCAAGCCCCGGACCACAACGGCCUGACCCCGCUGGAUGUCAUUCUGGAGAAACUCAGGGAGGGUAAGGAGGCGAGCUGCGGGGAGGGGAGGCAGUGUCUGGACAACCUGCUCAUGUUCAUACCAAAGGUGCACUUUAAGAUGCAGGGGGCUCUGAGCAGAGAGGCGGAACGAUGGAGCGAGGUUCUGGGGGAGGAGACACUCGGCUAUCUGUCCGGAAGAAGCCCGGCACCGCUGCUGCUCACCGCCAUGCAGACUAUUCUGAGGCAGCUCAGCCCGUCCACAUUCCCGGACAGCCUGCACCAGCUACCCAUCCCGUCCUCCCUCAAACCCCCGGGCCUGCCUGAGGGCCAGUUGGACAACAAGAGGGAUAUGUAGCAUCAGUGUGACAUGAUGCAUGCUCCUUCACUGUUCUAUAGCAUGAUGCGUGAGAGUGUAUGUUUGAAGCCUGCAGUGACUCAGAUCUUGUACUUAAGUAAAAAUAUCAAAGUGUCGAAAUUCUGUUACAAGCAAAAAGCCUCCUUCAAAAUGUUAUUCAAGUAGAAAAGUAUUCUCAUCAAAAUGUACUUAAAGUAGCAACAGUAAAAGUAGUCAUUGUUAGAUUGGUCCAUUUCAGAAUAAUACCUCUGAUAUGUUUUAUAAUUAUUGAUCAUUAAAGUGUUCUCAGAGCUGGUAAAGGUGCAGCUAGUUUUAAUGGCUUUGUAUGCUGCAGGGUAGCUGCUGGAUUUACUCCAGGUUUAACUAUACUCAUAUUAAAGUGUUGAAUAUAAUUGAAAUAAUUAUAUAUCAAAAUAUGUAACUUAAGGUAUUAAUUAAAUGUAGUGGAGUAAAAGUACACAAUAUACCUCUGAAUAAGUAAAAAGUAGCAAUUGAAAUACUCAACUCAAAGUACAAGUACCUCAAAAUUGGUAAGUACAGUACAUGAGUAAAUCUAGUUACUUUUCACCCUGCCUGUAUGUGCAUGAAGCAGUCAUUAUAUGGCUGGAAAGAUUACACUAAAAGGGGGCAAUUAAAUGAAUGUUAUCUAAAAAAGGACUUUUACCCACUGAUUGAGGUUGACUGUGGGAAACCAGGAAACAAACAGCCAUAUUCCUUUUACACUGAUCCAGGCAUUAUUAUGCAUUCUAACCUCAUUAUGAAGUGUUAGCUGCAAAUACUACUGCUACUGAAGCCACUGAGCAGACCAACACUGAACACAGUCUACAGGUACUGUUGGUUUUAAUUUAUUUAAACAGCAAUGGGAUCUUAUAGAUCAUUUGAAAAAAGACAUGUGUCUUAUAAACUGUUUGGAUGACUGCUUUUUUUUAAUAAAUAGGAAUCCAAGUGA